GGCACUGUAACCAGCCAACAGCUCAUUUCCUCAGCAGUUACGAUAACAUUGCAUUCAUCUGUAACUGACGCUCAUAUGCCCACCUGACUCCCGCCUCUGCCGGCUGCCUCUGUGUUGAUAAAGGUGAUGAAAAGCCAUUCCAUUCCAAUCAUGACAGUCAACUCCAGCUUCAAGCUUGACAAUGCCACCCUGGCCCUGUUUCAGAGUGUGAACACCAGCAUAGUCAUCUCUACCGUCUAUGUGAUUGUAGCUGUCCUGGGCCUGGUGGGAAAUAUUUUCUCCAUGUGGAUCCUUGUCUGCCGCACCUCCCCAAAGACUCCCUCCAUCAUCUUUAUGAUUCAUCUCACCCUCACUGACCUGGCUCUCGGCUUGGCUUUACCCUUUCAGAUUGCCUACCAGAUCAAAGGAUACCACUGGAACCUGGGACCCCAGAUGUGCAGCAUCCUGACCCUGGUCUUCUACACCAACAUGUACUGCUCCAUCCUGACCAUGAUGGCCAUCGCCAUUGACCGCUACCUUGGCAUCGUCCAUCCCAUGCAGUUCAGACAGGGCAGGAAGAGGAAGAGCGUCGCCAUCUUCAGCUGCCUCAUCAUGUGGGGUAUCGUCCUGAGCGUCCUGCACCCGCUGAUGACCACAGACCUGACCUUUGAUAUCCCUGAACUCGGGAUAACCACAUGCUUUGACGUGCUGAAGAAAAACAUGCUCCCUUCCACGGCCGCCUGGGCGGGAUUUGUGUUCAGCAUGGUGUUCGUCCUCUUCUUCUUCCCCUUCUGUGUCACGACAAUCUGCUACAUCAGGGUGAUAUACCAGCUAUCCAGAGACUCCAAGACGGUGCAGAAAAGGAGAGCGAUACGUCUGGCUUUGGUUGUCAUACUGGUUUUCACCCUCUGCUUUGCUCCUAACAACAUCCUGCUGCUGGCUCACGGGGUCAUAAGACUCUACUAUGGCCAGUCUCUUUACAUGUACUACAAACUGACUCUCUGUUUAAGCUGCUUCAACAGCUGCCUGGACCCAUUCAUUUACUACUUUGCAUCCAGGGAUUUCAGGCAAAAGCUGAGACACAUAAUGAAUCUACGGAGCCAGAGCAGUGCAGACUCAACAAGGAUUGAGCAUAAAGACAGUUUGUAUUCUGCACAUUGCACCUUUGAAGGUCAAGACAGAGAGCACAGCAAGGUUGCACUGAUGCCGCACACCACCGCAGAAUAGAUAUACAGGGGGAGAUAAAGAGGAGGGGAGGUUACAAUGGUGUGGGAAAGGAAGCAGAGGGAAGACACCUUGGUUUAGGUCGGCCUGAAUGUGUUUAAGCUGUCAAAGCAUCUUUUCCUUGUGUGAAAUUAUAAAACCAGCUUAUUUUUUAUGUGAAAUGUGAACCAUAAAAAAAAACAAAAACAAAACAGCAGUUGAUUCUCAUAGCUAUUUUUCUGCAUUACCUUCUGUUUCAUAUCUAAGAAAUGUGAAGCAUGUAUUACUGUAUGUGUUCAUUGUUAUAUUCACCAUUAGCAAGCAACUGUUACUUUGAACGAUAUGUAGCAUUCACAAGUGUAAAUAUAUGUAAAUAAAGUCUGU